AUGUCUGAAGAAGCGAAAACAGAAGCUGAGACCUCUUCGGCAGCAUCUUCUACGGCGACGCCGGCCUCAGCACCGGCUGCUGCGGCUUGGAAAAGUCGCUUCCCUCUUGCGAGAAUAAAAAAAAUUAUGCAGGCUGACCAAGACGUAGGAAAGGUCGCCCAGGUCACUCCUAUUAUCGUUUCAAAAGCCCUGGAACUGUUUAUGCAAAGUAUAAUAACCGAAUCUUGCAAACAAACACGUCUUCACAAUGCAAAACGCGUCACGGUGUCGCAUCUAAAACAUGCUGUUCAGAGUGUAGAUCAAUUCGACUUUCUACAAGAGAUUGUGGAAAAGGUCCCGGACGCGCCUGCAAUUAAGCCUGAACGGAAGUCAAAACGAACGCGUUCCAACGCUGCUUCGAACGAAAACGGAGGUUCCAAUUCUGGAAAGCGUAGAAAACGUCCAGACAGCGAGUCUACCAGCUCGAAACAGUCUGCUGCGGAACCCGUAAAAGAAGAGAGUGCCGGUAGUGAGGAAGCCGCUGCUUAA